AUGGCGAACGGUCGAAUGUCCAUGUACUCGGUGGCCUCCGAGGGCCUUGGAGGUCCUCGUGCUGGACAGCAACCCUCCCAGUUCUCCACUACGACCCUCCUCAACGCCAUACACAACAUAUACUUGUCGUCUCAGCCUUUUCAAUUGGACGCCGGCACGAGCCUUGUCGUCAACACAUGGCUGACUGCAUCCCAGACCGGCCUCGAUGGAAGAUCCGGAGGCACCAUAGAUCCCGCACUCGGCGCGAGAGCAUGGGAACAUGCCCGUCGUCGUGCUGAAGACGGAUGUAUUGUCCUUGGCUCUCUUCACCCGUCGAGUCCUUCACUCCUGACGCCAUUCCUCUCGUCACUUCCGCUCUCCAUCCCGUCAUCUGUUUACAAGUCGUUGGAAGCCAUCCAACCCUUCCUGAGAUGUUCCACACCCUUCAACCCCUCCGCCACCCGUCAGUCUGCUCUUGGCGUCACCCUCACCCUGAACCUGGCCGGCAACCUCAAUGGAGCUGCCAUUGCCUUGUCUCAAGGUGGCAUCGACACCGCCAAAGGUCUCUUGAAUAUCCCUGCUGAGUCGGGCUACCGUGCCUUUGACGUCUUCUACUACCUCCUGACAUCGGCGUCGACCCCUGCCGAGAGAGAGUUCCUCGGCCUCAAGUCUGCCUCCAGCUACGCUUUGCUUGCGAAGUCUGGCACGUACGACCCGCCAUCUUACCUCCCUACAGCCGACGAUGCCGCUGCAGCCGACGACUUCCGAUCCGCCCUUAAGGACAUCGGCAUCAAAGGAUCUGCCCACCGCAACCUCAUCUCUACCCUUGCCGGCUUGUUGAAGCUCGGCGACACGCUCGACUACAACCUGGAUGAGGACGUUUUCGAUGAGAUUUGCGAAGACGUCAGCGGCCUGCUCGGAAUGGACCCCGAGACUCUUGCGACCCAGUGCACGACCGAGGACCGGGCUACUUUGGUCGGCGGUCUGUACGAGGCUUUGGUAGAUUGGGUAAUUUCCAAGGCCAACGACGCUAUCUCUGCCCAGAUGGCCCGCAUUAGAGAUGGUACGGAGUCGGUCGCUGGCGGAGGUGCUCGCACCCCUACUUCGAACGGCGACGGCGACACCGUUUGCAUCACUGUCCUGGACGUGCCCGACCCAACCCUGGGUAAGGCACUGGCCAUGCGGGGCGUGUUUGACGACACCCUGGGCAUUAACUCGGAGAUGAUUGCUGACGGCGUUGAGGUUUCCUCCGCCGGGAGCACCGUCAUACGGGAGAUGCAGACUGCCAUUGAGGAAGUUGGCCCCGAGCUCGGUGUCAUGACUGGUGCUGCUGGCAAGGACCGCCAGCACGCGCUCGAAAAGCGGGAGGAGGUUCUCGAGAAGAUCGGCCACUCCGCAGAUGAAGAUGCUUUCCUCAAAAAACUGAUCUUUCCGGCCGCUGGCCAAGGCAUCAACCUGGGACUGGCUGGCCGUCUUGACAUCUCAUCUCUGCUGAGCUCUAGCCGCGUGUGGUACCAUCUCUCCAUCCACCCUACUGACGACUCGCCGGCUAGCUUGGCGGCUCUUCCAUCCAUCAACUCAGCUUGGUCUGCUGGCACUGUGUCUCGUCAGCUCCGUUCGUGGCGGCUGCCCGAAUGGGCCAACAGACGCAACAAGAACCUUGAUUUCACCGCCGACUUUGACAUUGAUGAAUUCGUCCAACGAUAUUUUGUCCUUGGUUGCAAGGAUGGUCGUGAAGGCAUCGAGACAUGGAUUCUCGAGCGCGGCUGGACCAACGGAGAGGUUGUGGUUGGCAAGGAACGCGUCUGGGUGCGUGAGAGCGCCUGGUGGGAGGCCGAAAGCAUGCUUGACAUGAAGCCAAUGGACAACAACCUCCCCGGUAUGGGCAAUGUCCUGGCCGUUAACAAUCUCGAGUCCGGCUACUCAGCCAACGGCAGUGGCUACUUCCCGACGCCCAUGCUGGACACGACCCCCAACGGCAGUCGCGACCACCUCAUCGCCCACCAACGCAACUUCAGCCAAGGCAACCUCUCGCAACACACGCUCGCUCCGAACGCGGCGAUGCGCGCUCCGUCUAUCGCUCCAUCGGGCAUGCGCAAUGUUCAGACUGGAGACUACGGUCUCGGCACUAAGGGUGACACCUACAAGGGCCAAGUCUUCUACAACAAUGAGGGCGAGUUCGUCGGCCAGAUGGACCCCGAGAUCGCCGACGGCAAGCACGUGGAGGAAAAGACAAUGGACAAGGAUCGUCGCAUCUGGGUCGCCAUCGUCUGGUUUUGGACCUUUUGGAUUCCGUCCCCGCUGCUCAGCUUCAUCGGUCGCAUGAAGCGGCCCGAUGUGCGCAUGGCUUGGCGUGAGAAACUUACUCUCGUCUGGUUCAUCGUUCUCAUGAAUGCCGCGAUUGUUUUCUGGAUUAUCUUUUUUGGCAGGCUCCUGUGUCCCAACUUUGACAAGGCUUGGGACGCCGAGGAAGUUGGCUACCACACCGGUGAGACCGAUUACUACGUCAGCUUCCGCGGCGGUGUGUACGACGUGUCCAAGUUCUGGAAGACGCAGCACUCCGACACCGCCAUUGAGACGACCAAGGAAAACAUGAUCCAGUUUGCUGGACUGAACAUGGAUGAUUACUUCCCGCCCCCCCUGCCUCUGGUCUGCCCGGGUCUCGGCAUUGCCACAACUACCACGCUCCAAUACAACAACACUCCAGAGUUCACGAUCGGUAUUCACAAGUCCGGCUGGUUGGCAGACGACCGUACCAGUGCCCUGGGUGCCACUGACUGGUACAGCAAGAAGCUGCUGCCCCGCAUGAAGGAGUUCUACAAGGGAGACCUCGUCUGGGACAAGGGCGAUAUCAAGUCCGAUGGCCAAGACAAUGGUCAUAUGUGGGUGAUUUACGAAGGCGGCGUGUACGACCUGACCAACUACUUCAAAACACUGGAUGUCUUUAGGCGUACCGACUCGGUCACAUUCCUCAACUCGAAGAUCGUGAGCGCCAUCGAGAACAACCCUGGCGAAGAUGUUACCAACAACUGGAAUGACAUCAUCAAGAGCGCAGCCAGCAACUCGACCGAAAACGCGUCUGUCCAAAACAGUUUGAACUGUAUCAAAAACCUAUUCUACGUCGGCAUUCCGGACUUCCGUUACUCUGCUAGGUGUCAGACCAACAACUACAUCAUGUUGGCAAUGACCAUCAUUCUCUGUGCCGUCAUUCUCACAAAGUUCCUGGCCGCUUUGCAGUUCGGCUCGAAACGUCGCCCUGCACCUCAGGAUAAGUUCGUUAUCUGCCAGGUGCCGGCGUACACGGAAGGCGAAGACUCGUUGCGGAAUGCACUUGAUUCACUCACUGCGCUGCAAUACGACAACAAGCGGAAGCUCAUCUGUGUCAUUUGCGACGGCAUCAUUGUCGGUGCCGGCAACGACCGCCCUACGCCUAAGAUUGUGUUGGACAUCCUCGGCGUCGACCCCAAGGUUGACCCUCCGGCGUUGCCCUUCAAGUCCGUCGGCACAGGCAGCGAGCAGCUGAACUACGGUAAGGUCUACUCUGGACUGUACGAGUUUGAGGGCAACGUCGUCCCUUACCUCGUUGUCGUCAAGUGCGGAAAGGAAUCAGAACAGACCAAGUCCAAACCCGGUAACAGAGGCAAGCGUGACUCACAGAUUCUUCUGAUGAGCUUCCUCAACCGGGUUCACCACCGAUCUCCAAUGAGCCCGCUCGAACUAGAAAUGUUCCACCAGAUCAACAACAUUAUCGGCGUGGACCCCGAGCUGUACGAAUAUCUGAUGAUGGUUGACGCCGACACAUGUGUUCGAGAAGAUUCGCUCAACAGACUAGUUUCUGCAUGCGCCAACGAUGCCAAGAUUGCCGGUAUCUGCGGUGAGACCGGUCUGCAGAACGACGACAAGUCCUGGUGGACCAUGAUCCAGGUUUACGAGUACUUCAUUUCUCACAACUUGGCCAAAGCUUUCGAGUCUCUCUUCGGCAGCGUUACCUGUUUGCCCGGAUGUUUUACCAUGUACCGCCUGCGAACCGUCGACAAGGGCAAACCGCUCAUCAUCGCCGACAGCGUCAUCCGUGAAUACUCUGUUUGCGACGUCGACACCCUCCACAAGAAGAACCUGCUCUCUCUCGGCGAGGAUCGUUACCUGACCACCCUGAUGACCAAGAAUUUCCCGUCCAUGAAAUACAAGUUCAUCGCAGACGCCUACUGCCAAACCGCAGCACCCGAGUCCUGGAGCGUUUUGCUGUCUCAGCGUCGUCGCUGGAUCAACUCGACAAUCCACAACUUGUUUGAGCUGAUGAAGCUUAAGGAGAUGUGUGGUUUCUGCUGCUUUAGUAUGCGUUUCAUCGUCUUUGUCGACCUGUUCGGAACCAUCAUCCUCCCCGCUACCACUAUCUAUCUGGGUUACAUGAUCUACCUUGCCGCCAGUGGUACUGGUCAAUUUCCCAUCAUUUCUAUCAUCAUGCUUGCGGCUGUGUACGGUCUCCAGGCCCUCAUCUUCAUCCUCAAGAGACAGUGGCAGCACAUUGGAUGGAUGAUCAUCUACAUCAUUGCGUUCCCCAUCUACUCGUUUGCCCUUCCCAUCUACUCUUUCUGGAACCAGGACAACUUUUCGUGGGGUAAUACGCGUAUCGUCAUCGGAGAGAAGGGUAACAAGCAGCUCGUUGCUGUCGACGACGAGGGUUUCGACCCCAGGAGCAUUCCUCUGCAGCGCUGGGACGAUUAUGCCAUGGCCAACAACCUCCCUGGCCGCCGCGGCGGUUACAUGGAGAAGACCGAUAUGGGCUACGACGACCAGUACGAGAUGGACGAGAUCCGCUCUGUUUACUCUUCUGUCCGCCAAGGUUCCGUUCUCACCGGCAUGAACCGCAACAACAACAACGCCUACAUGCCGCCCCAGUCCCCUGCGCCGUUCGGCAACAUGGCAAGGGCAUCCGGUGCCACCAGCCCGUACCACCACGACCAGGCCAUGGCCAACAGGCAGUCGAUGGCGUCCCUGGGCACCCACGACAUCAACCGCGGCCAAACUCCCUUCCAGGACUUCCCCAGCAGCCGCCCGAGCGUGACCAAUCUCAGGGGCCAGGCCAAUCUCUCCCCUGCCUUUGGUGCCAACCGAUCUCAGUCGGCUCUCGGCCUGAACCGGCCCCACGGUGCCGCCCAAUCGACGUCCUCGUUUGACUUUCAACGCGGGAAUAUGCAGGGUCCCGACGAUGGUAUGAUCAUCGAGGCUAUCCAGGGAGUUCUGCGCGAGGUCGACCUCGACACGGUGACGAAGAAGCAGGUGCGCGCUCUGGUUGAGCAGAGACUGCAGACAGGGCUCGUCGGCGAGAGGAGGACUUUUAUGGACCGUCAAAUCGACAACGAGCUGGCGAACAUGUGA